AUGGGCAUGGCAUUGUUAAAUCACAAAGAGAAACUCUUAAACUUAGAGAAAAUGGAGAAGAAAUCCAAUCUAAACUCCUUCUACUUCUUCUUUGUAUUCAUAAUCAUGUACAUUUCCACAUUCUACAUCUUCAAUCUCUCCCCUUCAACUCUAAUCCGCACCACCAAAUUCUGGUUCAUCAUGUCCAACACCCUCAUCCUCAUCAUCGCCGCUGACUCCGGCGCCUUCUCCCUCCAAGAUUACGCCAAAGACAACCUCCCACCAACUCCUCUCUCCUAUAAUUUCCCCACCAAAUAUGUCCCAACAAUAACACCAAAUCAUCAUCAUCACACGCCACAAGACGACAGCCUCGAUCAACCUCCAGAAAAGAUAAUACAAGUGGUGGUUGUUGCUGCUUCAGAUGAUGAUCACAUUGUCUUGACACAAGAAACCCUCGAAAUCGAAAAACAGACAGGCGGAAAAGAUGAUGAUGAGAAAGAAAGUGAAAUUGAGAGAGUGGAAGAGGAGGUGGUGGAGACGUUGUCUGAAGCUGAAAGGGAAGAAGACGAGUACUCGAGAAUGUCGGAUGAAGAAGUGAAUGAAAGAGUUGAGGAGUUUAUUCGAAGGUUUAACCGACAGAUUAGGCUUCAAGCUGUCAGAAACCGACGACCCUUGGCCUGAUUGCUGCUGCACCCAUUUUUGUUUUUUGCUGUCUCAUAAUUUUCAUACGUGGUAGCGUAGCUAUCAUGAUUUUGUUGUGCUUAUUUCCAAUUAUAUAUAUAUAGAGAGAGAGUAUAUGAAUAUGAUCUUUCUCUCGUAGU